AUGCAUUGGUAUUACAAUUUUUUGGUGCGACGGCCUUAUCUAAUGGUCCUGGCCGUGGCCGUUUUAUGCAUAGCUUGCAUCACUGUAUCCGUGACCAUGAAUUCGAUACCAGACUUUAGUGAUCCCACGUUGGGAUUUGAAACACGAGGUACAGCGUUAGGAAAACGUCUAAGCGCUUGGAAUAAUUUAAUACAGGAGACUGGACCCUCUGGUAGUCUGGUGACAGACCCAAAUGAUUUGCUGUUUUACAAUAAGAAUAACUAUCAUCAUUUAAAAAAUAUGCGGAAACAUCAACGACACAAUCGAACUCACAAACGUAAAAAUCGAAAAAAGCCCAAAAACCCAAAACACCAUAACAAAGAAUUACACCUGAGUAAGAAGAUAAUUUCGUUGCAAAAUCGGUUUAAUAUAACAAAUCGUAAGAGUAAUGACACCGAUCUUUUGCCAACUCAAUGGAAUGGUGAUAGUGGCGUCUUUCGGGAUUAUGAGAUUACAAAUGAUUCACUGUCAAGCUUGGAACAACUAAAUCGGAGUGAACAUUUUGAAUACGGUCGUAAUACCACAUCCAUUGAUGAAGACUACCACCGAGAAAAGGUGCAGUCUAAAAAGAGUACUUGGAACAUAAUCAAACAAGCUCGAUUUCCGCCAAACGGAAAUACUGGGCCACAUGUUGAAGGUUACUUUUGUGAUUCACCAUCCAAAGAUUACUCCCACUUUGUAGUUGAGCGUAUAGGUCCUAAUGAUACGGAUUCACUUUUUGAUCUUUAUGGUUUGCUAGCCAUGUGUCAAUUACAGAAUCAAAUUAUUGCUAUACCAAGUUAUGGUGAAUUUUGCCAAAGAGAAGAACUCACUGACACCUGUUGUCGCCCAUGGUCACUACCCAAUUAUGCUGCACUUCUGGUCAAUAAGAGCUCUUGCUUUGAUUUAAAUACUACGGACGUUGUCACGCUACAAAAUUUAUUGGUGAUGUGUUUCGAAUAUUAUCACGACUUAAAGUUAAGUAAUGAUUGCAGCGAGUUUAGCCCCUGUCAAGCGCCAAGCGAAUGUACCCACGGAAAUAUUGUUUAUAAUAUUUUACAUUUUUUGACCGAUUACAAUUUCAUUCGUAUGAAUGACACAACAGUAUUUAUGAAAUAUGCAAUGAUAUUUGUACCUGUAGCAUCUACAUCAAAAAUUCUUCCAUUAUUUCAUGAAUGGGAAGAUACUGAAUUAAAAAAUGAACUUGUUCAGGUAGUGUCAAUGGACUUGGGACUUGAAAAUGAACUAUUUAAUGAGUCGUUGCUUACGGACGUUUGGCUGGUCUCAUUAGGCGGCAUCUUCGUUAUGACAUGUAUUUGGUUGUAUACUACGUCGAUUUUCGUUACGUUGAUGGUCUGUGUAGCAGUGCUGUUUUCAUUGGGUUUAGCAUAUUUUGCCUAUACUUUGGUCUUUAAAAUGUCAUUCUUUCCAUAUAUGAACUUAUUGGCUGUGGUUGUAAUAAUAGGUAUUGGGGCUGACAAUGCAUUUCUUUUCGUAAAGAUUUGGCAAUGCGUUCUAGCAGAGCGUUUCACCAAGUCAGCAAAGUCAACCUCUUCUACUCACGCAACACCAAUUGUUGAGGGCGGAAGUGAGCACACCGAAACUCUGCAGAACUUAAUGGCAUCCGCAUUUCAUCAUUCAGCAUUAUCAAUGUUUGUAUCUUCGCUAACCACUGCUACAGCUUUCUUUUCGUCGUAUACUAGCUCCAUAACGGCUAUUAAAUGCUUUGGUGUAUUUGCGGGAACGGUAGCUGUAACUAAUUAUUUCCUUAUGAUAACUUGGCUGCCUGCUGUCGUCUGCAUAAUGGAACGCUUAUCUGCUUGUGCAAGUUGCAAUAGUAAACUUCCAAUACAAAAGCUCUUGCUUAUGUGCAAUAAGUCAAUUACAAAGUUCUGUCAUCUAUAUGAGACAGCUAUAACGAAGGCUGUGAUGAAUUAUUCAAUAAUAUGGAUAUGCUUAUUUGGUACGAUAGGAUUAUGCAGCACAGUUAUUGUAUUGUAUGCGCCUGGGCUGCAGUUGCCGGAUACCGACCAUUUUCAACUAUUUUCAAGUAGCCAUCCAUUCGAAAUCUAUAAUAGUAAAAUGAAAAAUGAGUUUUGGUUUGAGAAAUCGAUGUCGGCUUAUGAAAAUUUUAAAUUACCAAUGCGCUUCGUUUGGGGUAUACAACCAGUUGAUGAUGGCGACUACACUGAUCCUUUUUCCCAUGGGAACUUGUAUUUUGACAAUAGUUUUAAUAUAUCUACAAAGGCUGCUCAAGUUUGGUUGCUAGAUUUCUGUAAAAAAAUAAGAAAACAGCCAUUCUAUGAAAUUACUUUUGGUUUAUUAUUGCCGAAUUGCUUCAUUGAAAAUUUUAUAUCCCUAAUGGAUCGCAUGUGUAUAGAUGGUAUGGAUAAUACGGAUCGCACACCUUGUUGCGACGUAUCAAAGUUUCCUUUCGAGCCACACGUCUUCGAUAUUUGCUUGCCACAAAGUAUGUCCUCGCUUUACGCUACUCCGCGGGAGUACUACACUCCUGGUGUUGCCGGGCCGAGAUUCUUGGCCGACAGGCGAAGCAAUUCAAUACUACAAACUCAUAAUGAAAUUUCAAUUAGUAAUACAUCACAACAUGUUACGCUGGCACCACCACAAGUAAAAGCCUUGGUGCUAGAGUUCGAAUCGAAUGUGGCCUACACAACGGCCUACACGGAAGUCAAAAAAUUUGUACAAUCAGUGGAGCUGUGGCUUGCCAACGAGUUGCGGGAGGCACCGCCGGAAAUGCAGGGCGGUUGGUUUACCAGUGAACUUAAGUUCUUUGACACCCAAAGUACACUUAGUCACGAUACGUUAGUAGCGAUUUCAGUUGCUAUGAGUGCUUCGCUGUUGGUUUUACUUUUAGUUACUUUAAAUGUUUUAGUAUCUUUAUAUGCGGUGAUUACAGUUUUACUUACAAUUUUUACGACGGUGUCAAUACUAAUUUUACUCGGUUGGAAAUUAAAUGUGCUUGAAAGUAUAGCUGUGAGCACUGCCAUCGGAUUGGCAGUCGAUUUCAGCUUACACUACGGUAUACAUUAUCGCAUGUCGCCGACAAAGGAGCGUCUGGCCGCUAGCCAAUUCACCUUAUCACGGAUUGUGGGGCCAACGUCUAUGGCAGCAAUCACUACAGGUGCUGCUGGUGCUUUAAUGCUGGCGUCUAACGUACUGCCAUAUAUACAGAUUGGUUUAUUUUUGGUUAUUGUAAUGGUUGUCAGCUGGUUAUAUGGUACAUUUUUUCUUAUGAGCCUGCUAAAAACGGCUGGUCCGCAAUACGGUUUCAUGCAAUUCAGUUAUCCGUUAAUGAAUAAAGGAUCGUCAACUACUGGCAAUAAGUACUAUGAAAGAAAACAAAGUCAAGUAAUUGCGAGCGAACAGUUAUUAACACCGUCAAGUUCCGCUGUCGGCGAACUAAUAAACUCGGAAACCCAUGAACUCGAGUCACUCACAUCAAGUUCAUUAAUUAAAACUAUUUCUGGUACAGAAAGCUCUCAUCCGCUGAGUGUUGAUUUCGAACAUUCAUUCAAUAAUAAACACGAUAUUACCAGCGCCAAUUUUUCUACCGUCAACGAUCACAAGAGUCCGUCUAUUGAAAGUCCUGAGUUACAUGUUACAAACUAAGAUACCUAUGCAACAAUUUUUGGUAAACUGUAUACGAUCAUUUGCAUGCAUACAUAUUUACUAAUAUUAAUGUUUAUAUUAAUUAGAACUUACCAUGCUUUACGCAACUAAAAGCACAAAUUGCAUAUGUACUAUAUAGUUAAUAUUUUCGAGGUAAUGAAUAAAAUAUUAAUUGUUUGUUACUAGCAUUUAAUUGCUAACUUACAUAUUUGAAUCAGUACAGAUUCGCUAAAUAUUUGUAAAACGUAUUAAAAAACUUAAUAUGUAGAUUAAAAAUUAAAGAUUUUUUAUAAGCAGACCUCCCACGGUGAAUGGCUCUAACUCAAACUGCUACCCAUUUAAGUGGUUUAUAUAUCCGGCAACACAAGUUAAAUACCCUAUAUUAUAUCAUGUAGUAUUAUUUAAGUGUUAAAAUUCGUAAGGCCUAGUUAUUUAAUGAAAAAAAAAAUAAACACGUUAAGAAGUAUAGUUAGUCUUCCGUUAGCAAUCAUAACCAAAUAAAUUUAAUUUAGUUCUAUCGAGUACCUUACUAUUUUAAAGCAGCUACGGCUACUUGAGCUCUCGAGCGAGGCGAGUUUCUUUGCUCUCCCGUGUACACAAUACACCAUUCAGUACUUGUUGAUCAGACUUCAUACGAGGACCAAUCACAAAGCUGUACACGCACAGCACGCUAAAAUAUAUUUAAAAAUUAAUGACAAAUCGAUUUUUUUUUAACUUUGUUUUCUAUGAAAAUUAUUUA